AUGCGCUCUGGCCUAUCGGAAGCAGCGCAAAGAAGCAGCAAUGCAUCGCGCAGGCUGGCCCUCCACGCGGAUUGUCCCGUGUCUUCCCCUCCCAUCAAAUUUCCAUCUGAUUCGUCGCAGAGUCAGACGAGGGGCGAGAAGGCACCAGAGAGGGCUUCAAGCUACAAGGAAGAGCUCGAAUCUGACUUGGGCACCCUUCACCUGGGCUUCCAGCUAUGCUUGGCGAGGCUCUCAGUCGUGGUGCUGUCCAGCGCCCACAUAGGGUCAGUCGCAUUUGCGGAUCAAGUAUUAUUCGACGAAGACCUGAGCCAUUACAGGUGAGAUCUGAGCACUUGUCCAUCUUUACUGUGUUCUGAUGCUUGUUGAAAACCUUUGCCAUGCUCAAAGAACGAAAGACGGAUGCUACGUCUGGAGACCCUCGGAACAUCAAGCGGACCAUCCCGGUCCGACAACAGCAGCGGCACAAGGAGUGACGAGCGUGACACCGGUCGCCAUGAUCGUCGACGCUCUAGACAUUCUACUAGAUCGUCUGGCAAACAAAAUCUCUAUGGACCACGUACAGUCCAUUGGUGUCUGUGCUGAGGUGAGGUGAUGCGGGCCAGCGCGCGUCGCAAUUCCGUAGUCAUCUACUCAUGUCUGACCUUUUGGAGGUACGUCCCCAGAGCGAUUGGCCAGUCUAUCUGAGUGGAAGAGCGGAGAAGGUGCUCCACGAUCUGCGUCCAACAGUCGGUCUGCAUGUCCAAUUGACCGUGCCAGACUUCUUCAGCGCGCCAUUCAUAUCCAACAUCAAUGAUUCGUCGACGCUGGACGAGAUGCGAAUGAUAGAGGCGGCUUUGGAGGCGAAGAUGAAGGGGGCCAUGAUGAACGGCUCAACCCUUAUCAGUGCUCCGUCGGCCAUGCCCUCUUCCGAAUUCGGUGUCCACAGCAACUUGUUUGGCACAGAGGUGGCAAAGGCCAUGAAUCGCAAGAGGUGCCAAGCAAUUCGUCAAGCAGCCGCACAGAAGAAUGGAGCAGCACCAAGCUUCUCAGGAUGGGCUUGUCAGCUUGCCAAGUUGAGGAACGGAAAGGGAGUCGGAAUGGAAGGUAGAUCCGCUGCCAUUUUGGACAUCAAGAAAGUCUGGAGCAACACCGGACGCAUGAUCACUGCAGGCUCGCUGAUCUGUGCUGUUCUGACAAACAAGAUGCCUAGGUGAGCGCGACUAUUCCCUCAAACUUUGCGCAAUUGUCACUUACCGCCAUCAAUUCCAGCUUCAACCACACCGAGGCGGCUAUGACGGGACUUUAUGACCCAGAAGCUCGCGAGUGGGAUCAGCAAAUGCUGGACAUUUGUAGCAGCGGUGAAGGACAAGUGUUGAGACAGAAGUUGGGAGACAUUGCACACCUCGACGCAUGCGCCACGCCGGCGGGUAGUUGGCUGUGCCAAAAGUACGGCGUUCAGCAGUGUGAGCAUCUUCUCGCGUACAGUCUUGACAGUGCGCUGGUCUGACUUUGCAACCUGCCCCGUCUCAGCUUGCGUUAUUGGUCCUUCGCUGCCAUCCUCGGUCGUGGCAUACAUGGGAAUGCUUCCGGGUCCGAGGUUGGUUGCUGUGAAGUGCUUGAUUUUCCAUCAAACAGCGCCAUACUCAUUGUCAUCCAUUUGGAUUCAUUCGCUUUUAUCCAACAGGGACGGAGGUAUUUCUCUUUCUGUCCAUGACACCAUGAUCAUCCCUUUGCGCUCCAAGGUCAAGGCUCCUGGUCACUCUUUGCUUCCAAAUCCUCUUCACGAGCUUUCGAGCCAGUCGACAGAUGUUGUCGACACUCGUGCUCAGCCAUGGCUGGCCUUAUCCCGAUGGCAAGACGCUGGGCUGGCCCGCAAAAUUGUCAAGGACGUAUACUGCUCCGGUCUAUGGUCAGCGUUUGGCAAGCUUGUCAAUGCUGUUGGCGUGGGUGGCUCGCACGCCCUCGACAACAAGGUGAGACCUGACGAUGUGCCUUGAAGCCAAGGUGAUUCGUCGAUCUGACCAGUACGCAUAUUCUGGUUGCUCGGCUCAGCUCUUCACGGUUAGUGGCGGUCAAGUAAGCGCGCUCAACCUUGACUUACAGCGCCGAAAAAUCGUCUGCUAG